AUGGUUAUUGGGAAUAUUUAUGUGAUUGCCUCCGUCGCCGUCGUUGGUGGCGGCCUCUUUGGCUUUGACAUCUCGUCGAUGUCGGCUCAGUUGUCGGAAAAUGCCUACAAGUGUUACUUUAACCAGGGUCCAAACGGACCGCCGUUCAAUGACGAUGCCGAAUGCAGUGGUCUUAGCUCCUUGAACCAAGGUGGUGUCACAGCCUCUAUGGCAGCUGGCUCCUGGUUAGGCGCUUUGAUCUCUGGAAUUGUGUCAGAUCGUCUUGGUCGCAAAUACUCCAUUAUGUUGGGUUGUCUUAUAUGGAUUGUGGGCUCGGUCUUGAUUUGUGCUUCGCAGGACAUUGCCAUGCUGUGUGUGGGUCGAGUCAUCAACGGUUUGGCUGUCGGUAUCGAAUCAGCCCAAGUCCCUGUCUAUAUCUCAGAGUUAUCGCCACCUUCGAAGCGUGGUCGUUUUGUCGGCUUGCAGCAGUGGGCUAUCACUUGGGGUAUUCUGAUCAUGUACUAUAUAUCCUAUGGAUGCUCGUUUAUUGGAGGGCAGGACUCGUCCAACUAUAGCCCUGCAGCCUGGCGCAUUCCCUGGGGCCUGCAGAUGAUCCCCGCCGUCGUUCUGUUUUUCGCCAUGAUGCUUUUGCCCGAAUCUCCUCGCUGGUUGGCCCGUAUGGACCGAUGGGAGGAAGCCCAUGAAGUUCUUGCUCUGGUUCAUGGCAAGGGCGACCGGGAUCAUCCCUUCGUUGCAAUUGAGCUGCAGGACAUCCGGGAUAUGUGUGAACAGGAGCGACAAUUCGGUCAUGUUAGCUACCAGAGUCUCUUCACCCCGCGAAUGAUUAACCGGACGAUUAUUGCCCUAUUCACACAGAUCUGGUCGCAACUUACUGGAAUGAACGUCAUGAUGUAUUAUAUUAGUUACGUCUUCACCAUGGCUGGGUACACCGGCAACUCGGCCCUUCUCUCAUCAUCCGUGGAAUAUAUCAUCAACGUAUUUAUGACUCUCCCUGCACUGCUCUGGCAAGAUCGCUGGGGACGCCGCCCAACCAUGCUGGUGGGUGCAUUCUUGAUGACAGUAUUCAUGUUCGCGAACGCAGGAAUUUUGGCCGGGCAAGGUACCAUUAUCCCGAUGGCUGAGCGGAGCAGUCCGGAGGUGUCAAUGAGUGUAGGUGGUGCGGCCUCGAAGGGACUGGUCGCUUGUACCUACUUGUUUGUUGCUUCAUAUGCACCUACCUGGGGUCCGGCCUCGUGGACAUACCCGCCCGAGCUCUUCCCUUUGCGCCUGCGCGGUAAGGGCGUUGCACUGGCCACCUCGGGCAACUGGGCCUUCAACAUGGCGUUAGGUCUUUUCACCCCAUCAGCAUUUACGAACAUCGCCUGGAAGACCUACAUAUUAUUCGGAGUGUUCAACGCGGUUAUGUUCAUCCAUGUCUUCUUCGCUUUCCCUGAGACGGCCGGUAAGACACUUGAAGAAACUGAAGCCAUGUUCGAGGAUCCUAAUGGUAUUAAAUACUUGGGCACACCGGCGUGGAAGACCCGCGUGAAGACUCGCACCACUGUGGCACUUGAGCACGGUGAUUUGGAGGCUGCUAAAGCGCAGGAAGCUCGGUCGGAAGCGGUUCACGGACAAGCCACUGUCACUCAGUAA